AUGCAUUUCACUACCAUGGUCCAAAACGCCACGGCCAGGGUUCGCACCCGGAGCUCGCACCUCAGCAGUGGUGCGUCAACGCCUCCGGAUUACGGUCACAACCAUAACCGCGGCGUCUCCCGGGACACGGGAACUCGUCUACCGCCGCCGCCGACCGGUGUUCGCACGACGAGCUUACCCUUGGCCAUCAACAAGCACCACAGCCCAGGGACAAUCCGUCACCACCGGAGCAUGCUGGAAGUGGAUCGUGCUCCAAAACCCCCCAAACUGCCGCAGGCCAAGCCGCUCUCGUACGGGGAGUUGUAUCCGCCAAAGCCCGUUCUGGAGACGAAGAAAGAUGUCAAGGAGGCACCAGUGCAGACCGCAAACGGUAUUCCCACUGAUUUCCCAUCUCCUACUAUGGCGGUCUCAGUGCCGCACAUCAAGCCUUCGUCAUCUGGAUCGGAGAUUUCUCGCCAAACUCCAUCUGACUUCGUGGCCGCAGCUCCCCCAGCUUUGAGCGACAACAGGAACAUUGUCCGCCGCAAGUUGACGGGCUACGUUGGCUUUGCCAACUUGCCCAACCAAUGGCACCGCAAGAGCGUCCGGAAGGGCUUUAACUUCAAUGUUAUGGUUGUUGGUGAAUCCGGCCUCGGAAAGUCGACUCUUGUCAACACCCUCUUCAACACUUCGCUCUACCCGCCGAAGGAGCGCAAGGAGCCCAGCCUUGAUAUCAUCCCGAAGACGGUUACUAUUCAGUCCAUUAGCGCAGAUAUCGAGGAGGCUGGCGUGCGUCUGCGUCUGACCGUUGUUGACACCCCGGGCUUUGGCGACUUUGUUAACAACGACGAGUCGUGGAGGCCCAUUGUUGAUAACAUUGAGCAGCGUUUCGAUGCUUACCUUGAUGCCGAGAACAAAGUCAACCGCAUGAACAUUGUGGACAACCGGAUUCAUGCCUGCGUGUUCUUCAUCCAGCCCACCGGCCACUCGCUCAAGCCCCUGGACAUCGAGGUCAUGAAGCGCCUGCACACCAAGGUCAACCUGAUCCCGGUUAUCGCCAAGGCCGAUACCCUCACCGACGAGGAGGUCGCCGCCUUCAAGGCCAGGAUCCUCGCGGAUAUCAAGUACCACAAGGUCCAGAUCUUCGAGGGUCCCCGGUACGAGCUCGACGAUGACGAGACGAUCGCCGAGAACAACGAGAUCAUGUCCAAGGUCCCCUUCGCCGUCGUCGGUGCCAACAACGAGGUUACCAAUGCCGAUGGGCGUAAAGUCCGCGGCCGUAGCUACCCUUGGGGUGUGAUUGAGGUCGAUAACGAGGAGCACUGCGAUUUCGUCAAGCUUCGCCAGAUGCUCAUCCGCACCCACAUGGAAGAGCUCAAGGAGCACACGAACAACACCCUCUAUGAGAACUACCGCACCGACAAGCUGAUCGCUAUGGGCGUUUCUCAAGAUCCCAGCGUGUUCAAGGAGGUCAACCCCGCCGUCAAGCAGGAGGAGGAGCGUAACCUCCACGAGCAGAAGCUGGCCAAGAUGGAAGCCGAGAUGAAGAUGGUCUUCCAACAGAAGGUGUCAGAGAAGGAAUCCAAGCUCAAGCAGAGCGAGGAGGAGCUCUACGCCCGCCAUCGGGAGAUGAAGGAGCAACUCGAGCGACAACGGCUCGAGCUCGAGGAGAAGAAGUCGAGGAUUGAGAGCGGCCGGCCUCUGGAGAAGGAGCCCAAGAGGAAGGGGUUCUCGCUCCGAUAA